UUUUUGGCUAUAAAAAUGAGAACCCACUCUCUGCUUCGACAGACUAUUAUUCGGAGCAAAAGCUUCACUGAGCUCCAUCUCUCUCUCUCUCUCCCAUUUCCCUCCAUGGCCGUCUCUUUUAAAAUGUGCGCGAGUUUCGGUCUAUUUGUGGGUCUUAUGAUGCUGGGUCUGGUAAGCUCAGCUAAGUUCGAUGAGCUUUUCCAACCUGGUUGGGCUAUGGAUCACUUCAUCUAUGAAGGAGAGCUCCUUAAGCUCAAACUCGACAACUAUUCGGGUGCUGGCUUUGCAUCAAAAAGCAAGUAUCUAUUUGGAAAAGUGACCAUGCAGAUUAAGCUUGUAGAAGGCGACUCUGCUGGGACUGUAACUGCUUAUUAUAUGUCAUCGGACGGUCCAAAUCACAACGAGUUCGAUUUCGAGUUUCUAGGCAAUACCACAGGUGAACCUUACCUCGUUCAGACCAAUGUGUACGUCAAUGGUGUAGGCAACAGAGAGCAAAGGAUGAACCUUUGGUUUGACCCUACCAAAGACUUUCACUCUUAUUCCAUCCUCUGGAACCAGCGCCAAGUUGUAUUUUUAGUGGAUGAGACCCCAAUAAGAGUGCACACCAACAUGGAACACAAAGGGAUUCCUUUUCCCAAAGACCAAGCCAUGGGCGUGUAUAGUUCAAUAUGGAAUGCCGAUGACUGGGCCACACAGGGUGGCCUAGUGAAGACCGAUUGGAGCCAUGCACCAUUCAUUGCCUCCUACAAAGGGUUUGAAAUCGACGCGUGCGAGUGCCCGGUUUCGGUAGCCGCCAAUGAAAUUGCCGAUAAAUGUAGGAGCAGCGGCGAGAAGAGGUUCUGGUGGGAUGAACCGACAAUGUCGGAGCUAAGCGUGCACCAGAGCCACCAGCUGGUGUGGGUGAGGGCCAACCACUUGGUGUAUGACUAUUGUACCGACACUGCUAGGUUCCCUGUCAUGCCUGUGGAGUGUGAGCAUCACCACCACUAGUGGUGGCGGCCUACGAGGGUUUGUUGGGGUACAUUGUAAAAUAUGUUGGGGGGUUGAUGAUGAUGAUGAAUUGUAGUCAUAUAUAACAUGUACUCGCAUGUUUUGGUUCUGGCUUUGUUUCCACUUUGUAUGAUAUAAUUGGUAUAUAAAGCUCUUGUUUUGUGUUGCGUAAA